UUCCUAAGAGCUUGUUUCAUCCACCUAGAUGGCUGGAGCUUGUUUGCGAAAGAUUGUUCUUGUUCUAUUUGGAUGAAACCUCUGGUAUCAGAAGCAAUCCGGUUACCACUUGUACUGCAAGCAAGCAGUGAAGCAGAGAGAAAAUGGACAUCGCGAAGCUCGCAGGGGUUGAUGCCGUCAAGCUUGUCGUGAUGAUUGUGCGGGCAGCUCAGACUGUUCGCCGUAACAAGAAGACCUGCCGGCAGCUUGUCCACCAUGUGCAGAUAAUCGGUGACCUCCUGGAAAAGCUGCAGACUCCAGCGAUGAUGCAACAUCCAGAGACUAGGAAUGGUCUCAACGAUCUCGAAGAGAUUCUUCGUGAGGUGUACAUGUUUGUCACAUCCUGCCAAAACAACAAAUACCUGUACCACCUCUUCACAGGGAAGAAGCAAGCAGAUCAGCUCCGUAUUCUGCAGAAGAGGAUGAACUCGUGUCUCCAAGUUUUCCCACUCAUCAGCCACAUCGACACCAUAGAUCGCUUGGACAAAAUUUUAGAAAUCAUACAGCCUCCACGUUCACAGGGUCAACUGCAUGAUGGACUUGAGAUUGCUGUCAAGAGAUGUUUUGAUUUAUCUUCUUCACCUAAUCUACUGGAUGUCCAAGAUUAUCAAUUUCAAAAUGAGAUUCGCUCUCUGCCAAAUCUUCAGCAUACCAAUAUAAUUAAGCUUCUGGGAGACUGUGUGCAGGGAAGGGAGAAGAUUUUGGUCUAUGAAUAUAUGUCAAAUGGAAGCCUCGAUUCCUUCAUCCGCGGCAUGUGUUCUCUGUUUUCGAGCUCAUCUCAAUUUUAGACAAUAUAAUGAUGUGCUUUAGUGAGCUGAUUAGAGUAAGCACUGUGCUUAGGUGCAAGGAGAAGAAGGUUGCAUCUGGACUGGCCUACACACUUUCAGAUAAUUAAAGGAAUAGCUGAAGGGUUGCUUUAUCUUCAUAAGCUUUCUGGAUUACAUAUUAUACAUGGAGAUCUAAAGCCAAGUAAUAUUCUCCUGGAUACCAACAUGAAGCCCAAGAUUUCUGAUUUUGGCUUGUCUAGAACAUAUAGUCCGGGAGUAGGUGAAGAAUUUGCUGAGUGCAGGCGCAUAGUGGG